AAGUAGCAGUAGUCUGACACAACACAUAUUGCUAAAUGGACUAUCUCAAAUAGCCGGGGUCUUUCUACUUCACUUAAUUUCAAUAUAAUAUCAAAUUGACUUGUUGCUUAUCAGGUUAUACUCGGACAUUAACAAGCUGAGUACUUCAGUCUGCUUACAGGUGCUGCAACAUGAUGUUCAAGGUGUUGUUUACCCUCAUUCUCUCUAUGUUUGCAUAUGGGGAAUGUGAAAAAGAGAAUAUUAUCUACCAGCAUCCUUUGAUAGUUGCUGAACUUGGAGGCAGUGUGAAUAUACCUUGCUUUUAUUCCUUUUCAGACUUGAUACAUAUUGUUUCAUGGUAUAAACAGCCUGUUGGCAAGAAACCACUUCUUAUUGCGUAUUUAGAAUAUCGCUCAAGAGACCUAACAUAUCGAAAUGGCUUUGACAAGGUCAAUCGAUAUUUUAUUAGAAUUGGAACUGGCUCUCUUAAUUUGAGCAUUAUAAACUUGGAGGAAUAUGAUUUAACAACCUAUUACUGUGCUGUGGGUUUCAUGAACAUUAUUCAGUUUGGAGAUGGGACGGUUUUGGUCCAUGAUGCAGAUUCUGCCAGCAGCACCACUGUUCACAAGAAGCCUGUAUUAGAUGUUAAAGUUUAUCCAGGAGACUCAGUGUCUUUGCAAUGUUCGGUGACAGUCAUCACUGAGAUCUGUGCAGGAGAAUACAGUGUCUACUGGUUCAGACAUGGAUGGGGAUAUUUUCAUCCAAGAAUCAUUUACACCCACAGAAACAUGAGUGAUCAUUGUAUGAGGAGAUCAGAGAACGGCUCUCUUAAUCGCAAUUGUGUCUAUAGUCUCCCUAAGAGGGAACUCAAAGCAAGUGAUGAUGGGAUUUAUUACUGUGCUGUUGAUGCAUGUGGGAAGUUACACUAUGGAAAUGGAACUAAAUUGACUAUUAAAGCAUCUCCAGCUUUGUCCUUCUGGAAUCCAAUUGUUCUAACCCUGUUAACAAUCUGCAUCAUAUCCAUGAUUGUGAUCAUUUUUCUAGUGAGACUGAUACAAUAUAAUCACAAAAAAGCCAAAGGAACCAAGAAACAACCCAGUCAACAAAGGAAUCAGACUGAUGACACAGAUGCCUUGAAUUAUGCAGCCUUAAGUAUUCCCAAAAGGCCUACCAUCUCAAAAAGUCCUCCGGUUAAAAGCAGCCAAGAAGAGACCAUUUAUUCACAGAUGACUAGUUCAGAUAAUUACUAGUUCUUGGAAAAUAAUGUUAUGAUUAUGAUUAUUAUUAUUAUCAAGCAUAGUUUUUUGUUGAUUAUAUCUUCAUAGUUCAAUUUUCUACAGAUGUAUUUUUGCAAUGUUGCUUAAGAUUUUUGUAAUUGUAAAAUGAUGUAUAAUAAAUAAUAUAAAAUUACCUAUAGCUUCUUUUCAGUUCUGUCUGACCUUAUAAUCACAAGAUCUGCUUGUGGGGGCAGGACAUUAUUUGACAUAUUUCUUUAUUUACAGCUAUAUUGUACGAGACAUUCAACACACUGAUCUCUUUAAAAAAGUGUUGUAUUAUCUUCUGUUGUUUUGUGUAUAGAGGAUAGGUAACUGUAAGCAUGUUUUAUCAUACAGCGACGUUAUAUGAUAUUGUACGAUCAUGUAAAACCUGCAAAUGCACCACUAGUUAUGCUUGCUGGUAUAAAUAGAUUUUAGACCAAACUUGGAAUAGUUUGAUUUGUUUCACAAUACACUUUGUCACACCCUCACCUCUGCAGACCCACUGCACCAUAGGAACCUCAUUCGUCUGGUCUGUAUGCGUCCACAGCCCCGCCAUUUUGGAGCUAUUUGAAUGGCAGUCAAUGGUGCAGAUGCCACAGGGCACUACAUAAACAGAUUUUGUGUGAAAACAGUUCUUCAUAUAAUAAAUAAACAGCCUGUGUGCUAAUAUUCAAUAUGUUUGCCAAUAAAUGUUCAUUUGUAGAGAAGAUUUAGUUCAAGUUUUCUAUGAAAAGAAUGUUGUUUUUAAGAGAAGUCUUAGAAAUGUUGUAACUAGCAGGAUUUAUUUAC